AUUGCAUACGAGCUGCACCCAGCCAUACUUCAACCAAAGAGCCCCAGAAGCUGCUUCCAGGGAAUUCAUACUGAGCAAAAUGCAACUCGCCUUGCCUGGACUGGGGUUAAACCUUUACCUGUUUUUUUAUGCAGCUGCUACCUUCUGUCUGGUCAGCGUGCUCCUGAAAGUCACCUGGCUAUACCAAAGGAGGCAAAAGCUGAUCAGAUCUUUGGAGAGCUUCCCAGGGCCACCGAAGCAUUGGUUUUAUGGACACACCAAUGAGGUAGGACUUCUUCAUCCCAUCUAGUAGAACUCAGAAAAAAAGUGAGUGAUUGUAAUGUUUUGUGCCAAACAAAUGUAGUGCUGUUGCCAUUGCUGGUACAUCAGACUUUUCGUGAGCAACUACAAUGCGGGCGGCAAAGGGCAAAGUAGACAUUAUGGUGCCAUGACCUAUGUGUUAGAAUGUGAGCUAGAUUCCUAUAAAGCAGGAUGUAAUUUCACGUACAGAGAGGCAGACAUGAGAUGAAUGCUAGAAGUGUCUAUCUGCACUUUACCCCAGAAGCUGCUUGUCCCUAGCCAUGGUGCUGUCGCCUUCUGGUUCAGCACCCAAUUCCUAUUCAACACACCCAUUCACUACCUUAAAUCAUUUCUCACAUUAUAGGAAUUUGGUGAUUUAAUUCUAACACAGGGAUAUAUCGCCAUGACGCUGAGGUUGCUUCCAGGCUGUUGCUGUUUGGGGGAAAGUACGAGGUUUAGGAGAGAAACUUAAAUGGGGUACAAAUUACAGGAUUAAGGGGAUAGUUUUGGAAGGUAUCUGAUAAGCAUGCUAUGAAGCAGCCCAUUGCUUAUUGUGGAGUGAGAGAUCCCUGAUGGCCUGGGGACUUUGUGCUUUAAAGCAGGCUUGAAAUGUUUUUGAUCAGAGAGAAUGCUAAAUCUCCAAAAAUGGAGCCCUGGUCAUGGAGAUCUAUGUUAUGCAGUAGCCCCAAACUUGUUUAGGGGUCUAAGAGCGUAUGUACUUCUUUGUUCUGAUUGCUCAUACAGAUACAGAGCUGGGAAUUAGGAAUCAGCUUCAUCUCAUGCCUGAUCAAAGACUUUGGAAAACUAAAAACUUGUAUAUUACUUCAUGAUAUAUUAGGUGGAUAUAGGCUGGGUAGAAUUGGUUAUACCAGUGUAAAGCUUCUGAGACCAUCUUUAUAUGUAAUGUUUAUCAGGCUGCCUUAAGACCCUGAGAUGGCCUGGACAACGGGAAGUCCACACCUAGUUGACUAUAAUAGCAUUGAUUUGAUUUUUGUCCCCAAUUGCCACAGCUCGGUCGAGAUCGGAGAACUUACCACAAUGGUGUCCUGGUCGGAGAGAUAUCCCAAGGGUCAUUCCUUGUGGUUUGGAGCUUUCUUGGGGUUUCUCAAUAUCUACCAUCCAGAUUACGCCAAGGCUGUAUACAGCAGAGGAGGUAACGAAAUGGCCCAUUUUAAGGCAAUAUCUGUACAUCUCCUAUCUGUACACUCAGUGUCAUUUGGUAGCUAAGCUCUAUUGAUGGGGACCUGUGGCCCUGCAGAUGUUCUUGGACUUCUGUUGCCAUCAACCCCGGUCAACAUUUCCAAUGGUCAGGGAUGAUGGGAGUUGUAGUCCAGCAUCUGGAGCAGCCCAGGCUUCUCAUCACUGUUAUGUUGUAAGAGCUUAGCUGUAGAAACAUAGGAAGCUGCUUAUACUGAGUAAGGCCAUUGGCCCAUCUAGCUCAGCAUUGUCUACAUCGACUGUCAGUGGUUCUAAAGGGUCUCAGACUUGGGUCUCUCUCAAUCCUAACUGGAGAUGCCAAGGAUUGAACAUGGGACCUUCUGCAUAUGAAGCAGAUGCCCCACCAUUGAGCUAUUACCCUUCCCUUAGGUAUGUCUGCACUCAUCACUCCCCUCUGAAGUUGUUCCCUUUAGGCCAGUAGCCUGACUGACUUGUUUUUCUGGUUGGCAAACCAAACCAAACCAAACCAAACCAAACCAAACCAAACCAAACCAAACCAACAACUAUAUUGUAAACCAAACAAACCCAAAUAAAACAAAACCAACAGCCAUUUUAGCCCAGGAAACCCAGGAAGGUGCAAAAAGUAUUGCAAGUAUCGCUAUAGAAUUAUAUGUGAGAUAGCAAACAUUAACUUGUCUCACAAAUGCUAAUCGAUUGAGAGGGAAAUUACCUCUGAGAUACAGGGGUUGCACAUGAUGCUGAAACUCCAGAAAGAGCUCGUUGUUCAGGGGAAGCCAUAACCAUGUCACUUCUUUGAAUCAUUCUGAGUGUUAGUCUCUGUGUUUUGCACUUACUAUCAUAUUUUCUCAUACAAUUUUGCAGGUUUUUACUUGUUAAACUUGCCUUAAACUUUCAGCAAGCCCAACCUUACCUGAAAGGCAUAGAAGUUGGUAUUUUAUAAUAAAAGUAGAGUAGGCCUGGCACUCUUCUAUUGCAACCCUUUAAUUUGUUCUAUUGGCAUCGAUGCUGAGUCUUCUUUUCUCCUUCCUCCCUGGUCUAGAUCAAUGGUAGAACUACCACGUAUUCCUACCAGCCUAUGGUUAUGGAAAGCCACAUACCCAACACAGCUCAGCAGGAAAGGUUGACUAGGAUUGUACAGAUAGUGUAAUCAGGAACAGAAAUCCAGACCUCGAAGGUGAAAAGCUACAAUUCCAUUUUAGUCAUUACAGAGGCAAUGUAAAUGCCUAUAGUUAAAGAACACCUGCCCAUAGGGUGUCAGCCACAACAGGAAAAAUAUUUAUGGAUCAGCAAGGGCUUAUGACAACCAAAUGUGACAUCUUCAGGAGAGGAGGGGUGAUGACCAGCCCUUCAAUUUCCAGGUGGAAACAAGCCAGAAAUUAGCCCAAGGCUUCAUCCUUGGAACAGGCACCAGUCUGAUCAUAGAAUCAUAGAGCUGGAAGGGACCCUGAGGAUCAUCUAGCCCAACCCCUGAACCUGCAACCUUGGCCCUAUCAGCACCACGUUCUAACCAGCUGAGCUAUCCAUCCUGCUGCCUAUUUAUUGUUCAGUGAGUUCUUAUUUAAAGCUCUGUCUACAGUUAGCACAGUUAGAGCUAACUGUGUCCGAUGGUUCUCAUCUGCUUUUCUUCUCCCCUUUUCUCCAUAUACAAUAAUCUUUUUUCUCUUGCACUUGCAAAACAAAUGAUUAAUGGUCCCAGUGUUCCCUUACAUUCUUUCUUUGUUUACACACGCUAUAGUUGCUACAUAAAUGCCAUGUGGAAAAUGUUUUUCUUAAGCAUCUGGCUAAAAGCGGAAAGUCUCUCUAAAACAUGGAACAAAGCCCUGAUCUUAACUUAUCGUACUGAAACAUUAGUUUGUCUGGCUUAAAUAUCAUCCUGUCAUUCUCCUGACAUUUCCCCCUGUUGAUGGCACUUUGUCUUUUUCUUAAGGUUCCUUCUAGGUCAUACCAAUGCCAUGUGGCCUUUUUAGGUUUGACUCAUCGGCAUCUAAUCAAGGUGUAACUCACAUAUUCCACGAUUCUCUACCUCCAUGUUAGCUAAAAUCAUAAUAGUUUACACAGAUUCAGAGCAAGAGCUUCACUCAUAUCAGGCCAGGUUGACUAGGCUUUCAGUGGGUUUGGCUAGAGCAACAGAAGACUGAUGUUUUAUGUGGUUGAUAUGUUUCUUGUAUCUGCUAUAUCGCUCAGUAAAAUCAGUGCCAGUUCUGGGUUUUGUGGGAACCCUUGGGUUUUGCUCCCUGAGUGUGCCCACCUGCUCUUCCUUUUCACUAUUGUCCUCUCACUUCCCUGUGCUUCUGGGCUCAGUUGGCACCAUCUUCCAGAGAAAGAGAACACAAGGCAUGUUCCUUGUCCUUAAUCCUAAACUGCUUGUUUGGAGAUAUCAGAUGAUCAGGCAGUAAUAGCAAACUGCUUGUUUGGAGAUAUCAGAUGAUCAGGCAGUAAUAGUAAAGAGGAGGAGGAGGAGGAGGAGGAAGAUGGCCAGGAGGCUCCAGGAACUGGCAGCGGGCCUUUUACUGGGGUGUGAGUUCUCCAGUGAUACCAACUGCUGCCUCUGGCCCUGAGUAGAAAGCUAAUACUUUGUGUGCUUGGAAAAUGUUUGCCAGACCACUUCAACAGCUUUUGAAAGAAAGCUUUUGAAAGAAAGAAAGGUUUUCUGAGAAGAAAUCCGACUCUGUUAUGAAGUGGUGUGAUAACAGAAGGAUUCCAAUCCACUACUUUAGCUGAAGGUCACUUCAGCUCUUGAGUCUUUUAUACCUUCUACAACAUUAUUAUUCCUAACAUUUAUUUGUAGGAAUAAUCAGUGGGCUUCAUAUGUUUGUUUUCAGCUCCUUACUACAUAUAUGAGGUGGCAAAAUGGUUUUCAUUUAAACAACAACCAACACAGCUUUCCUAGCAUUUUCCAGGUGCCCCUUACUUAUUCUUAUGUAUUUUGAGGAGUUUCUGGAGAGCUGUCUGCCAAAUUCUGUUUGGUUUCAAUUCCUAGUUCUUAAUUAACAGAACUUCUGUAGCAGCAGUUGGCACACCUUCCUCUGUUGCCUCCAGCUGUUUUCACUGUUACUUCUGCCUUUGGUUGAUAAGAUCUUGCAUGAUCAUUCUAGCAAGACAGUGGGAGCUAGUUAUAGAGAUGCUGAAGAAAUUGGAUUCUGUAGGCAUUUAAAACCAAAUUAUCAAUUCCGCAGUUUCCGAAUUUGUGAACCAAAACAUGGCUAUCCUUUGAAAUUUGCAGGUAUCUGAAUUUUUGCAAUGCAGUAGUCUAACAGAUGUUUAUUAAAAAUAUAUAUUAGGGGAAAGUGUGCAUAAAAGUGAAGGUAUUAGUGAAAAUAACAACAAGGAUGCAUAAUGUUACGGGAUGGCUUGCAGAAAUGUGUACGUUCAUCAAAACUGCAUAAAAAAUUUGUUUACUCUGAGAAAUUUGCACUAAAAUGCUGAUGAAGUUUCGUGAGGAUUUUUAUUUAAAAAAUUAAAAUACAAAUAGCAGCAAUGUGUGGAUAAUUGAAAGUCAGACUGGAAAAAUGAAACAUGGAGAGAACCAAACUUGACAGAUCCUUCCUUCCCUAGCCAGCAGAAGUAGUAGCAGAGCUGAGACCCCAUCCAACUCAGAACAGCCAAUUUUGAAAAGCAAAACCCUUUUUUCUAAGUAUCCCAGGGAUUAAAAACAACAGCUUAAGUUGAUUAAACUUGAUGGUAAAAGUCCGAAAUGAACUCAGGAAUGUAACAGAGAUAUAUUUAAAUGUGAAAAGUGAAGGCCAGAGAGGAAAGAUGGAAAAGAGAGAGAGCAUAGAUUGAUUAUUAGAGCCUACAUUUCAGAUUACUGGAGGAAAGGGGAUCUUCUUCUUUUUUUAAAAAAAAUAAUUUUUAUUAACCGACCAAUCAAAUCAAAUCAAAUCACAUCACAUAAAUUCCGAAUUAUAUUUCAAGUUCCGAAGGGGAUUCCAAUCAUCUUCUUGCUGCUGCAUUAAUGUCCACAAAUCUGUCCAAAUAAUAUUCACAAUUCUAUCCAGUCCUAUCUUGCUGUUCCCACAUCUCAUCUUGUUAUUUUCAUAUAUUUUUCUUUUUUCUUUGUGAUUUCUUCUGAUAAUCUCCUUAAGCAGGUAAACACAAAUUAUAAUCCUGUGUGGAUUUUUCCGUUCGUCCAAUAACCAUAUCGAGAUGGUUUCCAUAUAUCAUCACUUCCAUAAAUAAAAGCACUCUUUCCAUCAUUAAUCUUCACAAAUCUGUCGCCUUCUUUAGUCCUCUGAAGAGGUUCGCCCGCAGUAUGAAAACAAAUGCAUUCCUCGUCCCAGACAUAAAUCUUUUGACAGAACUUGCCAAAAUGGCGACACUGUUUUUUACUGCGUCAUCCCAAAGCUCUUGUACUUUUCCACGAUCUCCUUAAAACAUGCUUUGGUUAGAAAUUAUCUCCACACAGUCUUAAAUCUUCCAGCUUAGGUCAUUUAAGCGGCAUUUCUGACUUGUGGGGGGGAUUAUUGGUUUAUCACAUAGAAGAAAGAAAGGAAAGUUGUCCCCCCCAUGCAGUCCCGUUGCCGACAUACCGAGCCUUGGUGUGUCUUCUCAUGAUAUAUUCCUGCUUAUCCGAACCCGUCUUCUUUCUCAGAGAUCCCUUCAAUUAGCAGUCUUUACUCCCCAUUCUUCCUUGAAAUAUGUGCAUUUGCUUCUUCCUAAUUGCUUCUUUUGAAGUUGCUGCAGCUAGUGGCGCGAAUCAGAGACAGCGUCCAGGAGAACCGAAAUCCACACAAGGGCUUUCUGCCUAGUGCCCCCACCCCCUCAAGUUCGGGGGUGAUAUAUAUGGGCACAGCAGGCAAGGGCAGUCCCCCCCAUUCCCUUGGGGGGGGCAGGGAGGCUGUUUACUCCCAUCACAGCCUCUUAAUUACCUCGUGUGGGUCGGAGAGAUGUUAUUGUCGGCCAUCUUCCAAUGCGCCCCUAGUGGCCCCCCCGGAGGAAAGGGGAUCUUCAGUGGAGAUCAAUCAAUGACAUUUCCUCCUCCUCAUAUCAGCAUGGAGAUGGUUGGAAGGGAAGGGAAACAUGGUCUCUAUGUGUUUCUUGAAGAGCAGGCAACUACAUUUUUUAUGCCUUCAUACCUCAGUAUGGAAGUUUUGCAGGAGAGGAAAGGAGAAAGGUUCUCUGUUUAUCUUCAGCGAUGUUUUGAUCUCCUCAUUUCACUGAGGAGAUGCAAAGGGAGGGAGAAGCAUUGUUAAAGAUCUGGACACAGCAUUUCAUUCUCCCUAUUUAUUCUUGGAAGUGCAUGUGUGGCAUAUGCCUGUGACAGCAUGUAUGAGUAUCUUGAAUGUGUGUGAGAGAGGGAGGGAGGAGAUAAUGCAGGGGGGUCCAAACUUUUUUCAAAGAGGGCCAGAUUUGAUGAGGUGAACAUUCAUGAGGGCCGACCAAAGUUGUUGACCGCCAGCUCUGCCCCCACCUGCCCUACGCCCCCCGGUGCCGGAGCAUGAAGCUCCACCACUGCUACGGGGAGGAACUGCCUGUGGGGGCAGGAUUGAACUGACCGGCAGGCGGGAUUAGGCCCCUAAAACAGACUUUGGACAUGCCUGAAAUAAUGUAUGAGUGUGGAAGAGGAAAAUGAGUUAGUGUUUCUGGAAGCAGAACUUCCUGCUUCUGGCUCUGAUGCUUGUCCACCUUGUGAUGAAAAUAGAUGUACAAGAGCAUCAUGAUCAGCAUCAUGUGUGUGUGCUUUAAAAAAAGUCAUAUCCUUAGUCAUUAAUUCAGCGUGUGUGUCAACAUGAUAUUUAGAAAGCAACCCCAAAUAGAAUGUUAAGAUGGAGGGUAUUAAUUAUAAAUUAUAUGAUUGUGUGGUUUUGUUUUUUUUAAAAAAAACUUUUUAAAAUAGAUUUAAGGACAACAACAACAUAUAGAUAAGGGGCGGGGGAAUGAAACUACAAUAACAAAAGGGGGAAAGGCAAUAAUAAGCCAUUAUUUUUCCAUGAUAAUUUUUUUUUUUGCAGUUUCGUAAAUGUUCCUUAAAUAAAAAUAAACAUAUUUCUACUAGUUUAGCCAGCCCUCAGCAUUUUGUGUCCAUCAUUCCAUUUUGUUAUGCUUUCCCUGGGCUACUUGUUUGCUAAUGGUUGCAUCCAACCAAUGUUAGCCAUACUCAGAAAAGACCCACUGAUUUAUUUUUUAAAAAAAUAUUAAAAUAUCCUGCUUUCUUUUUCUGUAUUGCUCAAUGCACUCAUCCUUUUUGAAUGUUGCAGAUCCGAAGGCUCUUGAUUUCUACAAUUUUUUUCUCCCAUGGAUCGGUAAGUAGCACUAUGCUUUUGCUUAUUACAUUUUGAUAAGGAAUCUCCAACUUCUUUAGGCCCUGGGGCACAUCUGGAAAUGGUAAGGAACUGCCCCCAAAUACCCAUUUCACAGAAGAAAAAUUUGAAGGUGCUCAGAACAGUCCCUCCAAAAAGAAAAGAACAACCUUAAAAUGACCUGCACAGAGCCUAAAACAAGGAAGACACAAAGAAAGGGGGGGGGAAGGUUAUCACUUUAAAAAAAACAACCAAGCAAGUAUGGGAUGGUGAGGGAGCUCUAGCAGGCACCAGUGAUCCAAUAGUGCCCACAGGUGCCACACCGGGUACUCCAGAGUUAGAUGAAUUAACUUAACUUAGGGAUUCUUCUUGUGGUGCUAUCCCUGAUUAAAUGUGAACAAGGAGUUUCCUCAUCCUCAUGUGAUGUACUCUACCCAUGGCAUACUAUCAAUCUAUAUCAUAAAAUCAGAACACUGAGCUCCAAAGAACAGCCAAAUAAGAGAAACGUUGAUUGGGAUCCAUCUGACUUGGGAGGCAAUGGAAGAGGGCCUUUGGGGAUGAAGUCAAACUGUUGGAGUUACAGAGCCUGCUGUGGCUGUAUUGAGACCAAUACAGGAGAGUUGUGCUGAUGCAGGUGUACAAUGGCUUUUCUUCUUUCUGCGCUCCUCCCAGCAGUCAUUCCUCCUCCAGUCACUGCUGUGAAUAUGUACAACUUGUUAUUGCAUUGGUCCUUGCAUUUAAUGUAAGUGACAGCAACAUACCUCAGAGGUGUCAAGGGGAUUUAAGCUCUUAUUGCUCUUUCAAGCAAAUAUUGGACUUUCUGUCCCUUGGCUGACCUCAUUAGGGGAAGGGCAGCUAUUCACAUUCCAUUAAUGCAAUGUGUUUUGUUUAUGUUAGACCACUAGCAUCUAUUCUAAAGAACUGAGUAAUCUUCUUGGGAAGACAACGUAUGAGCAACUUUGGAUAAGGUUACGGUGCAUGUCACUAACCAUUAUGCUAAGUAUCUUGUAUAAUAAUGCCCUGUUCAGAUUGAAGCCCUUACUACAAUGCAAGCAUAGAUCCAAUUCCUAUUAAAGUAUACCCCUUUGUUUCCUGUGUUAAAGUCCGCCAUCAUGACUGCUGUGUCUCCUUUUGUUUGGGCCACUCCUUUCUUCUGCAAUUCCAGAAAUUGCCAUGGUUGAAUUCUUUGUGGUAGCAGGGUGGAGAUCAACGUGAUGAUCCACGUUAAUGCCAACAAUCUCUGUAUGCCAUUUAUUGAGAGUACAAAAUGCAGAUGUAUAAGUUGCAGGAUUAGAUGGGUUUGGGCAUGGAAUUUUAAAUCUUUUUAGCAUGCCUCUGUUCAGACAUGUUCUGCAGAGAUUACUAACAAAAUAGAGAUUUGACUAGCUUUUUCGUUCCAUAUUAGGGAAAGGGCUACUGGUAUUAGAUGGGCCCAAAUGGUUCCAGCACCGGCGACUGUUGACUCCUGCAUUUCACAGUGAUAUUUUAAAGUCAUAUGUGGUACUGAUGGUCGAUUCCACCCAAGUGAUGCUGGUAAGGGCUUUUAAAAAACACACACCAAAAUACCUCUCUCUUAUAUCUAAUAGAAGAUUAAGCCAAUAGUAUUGUGGUUAAACCAGUUCUUUUUUUUUCUGGGGGUAUGCAGGGGUACACAUACCCCUAAACAUUUUGUGUAUCUUUGCACUUUUGUCCAUUUACUGUAUUUAUUUUCCCCGCUUUGAACUAUAAAAUGGUGAUUUUCUUGAGUCAAAACAUUUUUUUAAGGAAAAAAAGCACUGGGUUAAACUAUUCCAGCAUGGCAAUUGAACUUUGUGCACUGGUACCAACCAACCUAGAAUUUGGAAACCUUGAUCAGAAAUGUUGAUCCUAUUCAUAGCUUAUUCACAAACUUAAACCAUCUUGUUGUACUCCUCUGAGCCUUGGGAACUUCCAGGGGCAGCAGCACCAGGUUUGAUUUCCUUUGGAUGAGGGAGUACAAGCCCAGCACUUUCAUGCAGCAAGAUGAAUGUACCUGUUUCAGGCAUCAACCUGAUGGUGAGAUGAAGACAUGAAUUUGUAGCUGUUUAGUAUUGGCCCUGAGGUUUGGCUUGGGAUUCUAGAGUACUAUUUCAUUCAGCAAAAUGUCUUGGACUAGCACUAUUAAAGGAUUCAAGCAUUGCUUUAUUUUCAAAUACAUUUCAAAAUCCUUUGCUUUAUUUUCAAAUACAUAAGUAAAGCAUCAGGGAAAGCAACAAGACAGUCCUACAAGGUACCAUAUAUGUGGCUCCACGUCAGAUCACCCUAAAGAGACUCUGCCUUCAACAAAUUCAUAGCUUUGCCUCUACCUCUUCCAAACACACACACCUUUCCCUUAGCUAGAGGAUGAGUGUCACCACUACCUCCAAGCUGAGAUGGGUACCUCAUACAAGCACAAACAUUGAUUCUCAAUUAGCUCUCACUGAGGAAAAGCUGACAGUCAUGGAGUAUUAGCCAGAAAUCUGCCUAACAAAGGAAAUGGGUAUCAUGGAAUUAUAUUUAGACAUAGUGUUAAAAAUACAGGCCACAACACACACAAACAACACCACAAGCUCACCAGCUGCCAUCCUUACUUGUGCCAUAAACAUAGCCUAUUAACUCACUAACUGAUCAUACGUACAUUGUAUGUUGCAUAAGAUUUUUUUUUGGGGGGGGGAAUCAUAAACAGGAAAAAAAUAUAGGCACCAGAGGAGCCAACUCCUAGGGGCACAAGUCCCUUCAGCCCACCCAAUAAAAUAUUUGAGGGGGCCAUGCGCCCCAGGUUGAUGGGCAUUGCCAGGGCUUCCACAUUACAGAUAAAUGGAAACCAUCCUACCACAAUAUAUAAAAAUAAGAAUUCAUUGCUUACUACACAUGCUAGGUUGGUUUGUACAUGAUCAUAAUCACGCAAAUCUGAUUGCUCCACUAGUGUUUAGAUGACUGCCACGUUCUCUCUCCAAUCUAUAAUUGCAACGAGGGAUUUUGUGGUAUUUGUGGUUGUGGGGGAAAUCACCCGGGUGUCGAAUGAUCUGCCUAAAUGUUUUUACCGUGAAUUGUAAAUGUACUAAAUAAAGAAAUGGAUGGUGUGCCCUGCUCAUUCUCCGUAUAGUUAUAUGGACAUGGCAGCAGCAUGGGUGGAUGGCUCAAAUGUGGAUGCCAGAAAUCUAAUCAUCUGAGGAAUUUACUUUUGACAUGUGAAACCUUUCUCUCUUACAUUAGGAUAAAUGGGAAAGGCUGAUCUCAGAAGAUAAAUCACUGGAUAUUUUCCAGCAUGUUGGGUCCAUGACACUGGACAGCAUGCUGAAGUGUAUCUUCAGUUAUCAAAGCAAUUGCCAGCUUGACAGGUAUCAUGAGAACUGGGGGGGGGGGGGAGGGGAGAGACUUAGGAGUGCUUGCCCUGUGGAAUGCCCUCCCAUCAGAUGUCAAGGAAAUAAGCAACUAUUUUACUUUUAAAGUCAUCUGAAGGCAGCCCUGUUUAGGGAAGUUUUUAAUGUUUAAUGCUGUAUUGUUUUUAACAUUUGGUUGGGUGCCACCCAGAGUGGCUGGGGAAACCCAGCCAGAUGGGCGGUGUCUAAAUAAUAAAUUGUUAUUAUUAUUAUUAUUACUUACCGUAAAGACAAGGGAAAAUUUAACUCCAGUUUAUAGAUGAACCAGAGAACCAUUGGGGGUGUGUGGAAUCACUUCUUAUAUAAAUCAUUGUCUAGUGAGAACCAAUCCACGUGAGCAUCAGGUGCACAGAAACUACUUGAAACCCCUGCACCUGUUCUUUCCAGGCCUAUGGGCAGUCUCUCACAAGUCCCAUGUUACAAUCCAGAGUGGAAUGGGUCUAACUAAUCACUAUCCACCAAGAAUGCUUGCAGUUGUGCUGCUACUACUGACAGUUGUACUAACAGUUACUUUGGACAAAAAUGGGGUUUAGUGACCGGAAAGAAGUUGUCUAGAAACUGUUGGUUCCAGGGUAGUUUUUUUCAGGUGUAGUCGCAAUUCUGCCUCCUUAGGGACAGGAGGCAUCACUUCCUUGGUGUAGUGAUUAGGUUAGGACUCAGCCACGAUAAUUUGCUCUCUCAGACUAAUUUGCCUCAGAAGGUUGUUAUGAGUAUAAAAUGGCGAUGGUGGGCAAGACUAUCUAUUUCUUAGAGGACAGGUGGGGUUAGACUGAAUGUGAUAAAUAAACUACAUUGUUUUGUUUUGUUGAAAAUAAUCACCUCUCAAUUAAACUCUUUCUUUGACUCCUCUAGUAAGAAUACAUAUGUCCAAGCAAUUAGUGACCUCAGUUGUUUGAUGCAGGAAAGAAUACAGACAUUUCUCUAUCACAAUGAUCUAAUCUAUCGCAUCUGUCCUCAUGGAUACCGUUUCUUCAAGGCUUGCAGAAUAGCCCAUCGCCACACAGGUAUUUCCUUUAGUUCUUCUCUUCAGUGGAGGGAUCUACACCUGUACGUACAUAGCUAAGGCAGCAAGCCUAACCCCACUUACCUGGGAGUAAGCCCUAUUGAAUUAAAUGGAUCUUACUUCUGAGCAGAUAUGGUUAGGCUUGUGCGAUAACACCCCAAGGGCAUGGAUAGCCAGCUACCAGACCCCAAGCAGAACCCAACUGCAAAAUUUAAUCUGCAGAAAGUCAACCUGGGCUCUCCUUGGGGGUGGGGGGAUGCUGAGCAAUUCUGAUGCCUCUCAGGGGUUUCCUAAACCCUUGACUUUUCAACAGUGGCACUUCAGAUAUGUAAUAGCUUCUCCAGAGAGACUCGCCUGGCACCUGCUUUACAGUCUUUUCAAUACCAGAAGAUCUUUUUUAUUCACCCACAUUUUUUACCUGUGUUGUAAACUAUUGUUGUAAACUUAUGUGGACCAUAAACUAUUUUAUGCUGUCUUUAUGUAAGGAUGUCUUUAUUGCUGUCUAAAACCUAAAACCCUGGGUUUGCUCUGAGAAUGGCUUAGUUAGAUGCCACCCAAAAUAAACUGAUGUGUAGACUUUAAAAAAAAAGAAUAUUUGAUAGUUGAUAACAUGUCAGGUUUCAUAUAUGAUUUCUGACAAAAUCAAGUCAAUCAAAAGAUGCUAGCAAGUCUAAAGUAUGUGAGUUUCCAAUUUUUAGGUUAAGGUUUUACAUUUCAAACUCAGAAUGUCACAUCCAAAGUUAAAUAGCAAUGUUUGCAAAUAUUUGUUUGCAAAUAUUUGUUCCAGCAGGUCUAGUAACAACAGUCCUAACCAUGGACUCAGCUAUACAGCUAUACAGUGCAAUAUACAAUGUGACAUUAGAUGGUGAUGGCAAGCCUUAUGGAAAAUUCAAUGUAUUUUUAAAAAGAAACAUUUUCCGAUUUUUUUUAAGUCCUGUCCCACUAUGGGAAUUUCUUCAUCCUUUUAAGGUUAGUAACAUACAGAAAAUUACAUAGAAGCAGUGAAUGUCAUGAUGUCUGUUUGGGGAAAUUAUUAGAUUUAUUACUUUUUUGACACAGAAAAGGUGAUUAGGGAAAGAAAGGCACUCCUCAAAGAUGAACGGGAACUUGAGAAGAUCCAAAAGAAGAGAUAUCUAGACUUUCUGGAUAUUCUUCUCUGUGCCAGGGUGAGUAAAAUCCACAUCAUGUAUUUCCAAAUAAGGGAUAUAUGCAUGUAUGCAGCCAACAGUCUUGUCCCUUAGAUACAUUGGUUUACAGUGUUUCUAUCUCACUGCCCAGCCAAAAAGGGCUUCCAGAGUGGCUUACUUAAAAUAAUCAAUAAUCCCAUGAAGGAGGCAAGUGGCUGCAUGUGACGGAAAACAAAGCAAGUCCUCCGUGGCUUUUGACCUUGAUCAUUCUCCAUUUUCCAGGAUGUAAAUGGUGAGGGAUUAUCUGAUGAAGACAUACGUUCUGAGGUGGACACUUUCCUCUUUGAGGGUCACGAUACCACCACCAGCGGGAUUUCCUGGACCUUAUAUGCCAUGGCCCAGAAUCCAGCGCACCAGCAAAAAUGCAGGGAGGAGAUAAAGGAGAUUCUUGGAGAGCGAGAGACUCUGUGCUGGUGAGAAGGUCCUUCGCUCACUAUCUGUUUUUCUUUUGUGAGGAUCCCUGCUGAAGCAGGGCAAGUUUUACUGUUUUCCAAGCAAAUCUGUGACUCUCUUGUCAGACCUGAAGUGGAAAAGUUUUAGAUUUUUGAAAACCCUGGUUAAUACCUGGGAACUCUUUGGAGAGGUAAGAUGCCACAAAAAGUUUCAGUUUGCUUCAGAAAUUGCAAAUAGUGCUGACCUCCAUGAAUGUGAGAGUGUGUCAUGCUUCAGCAUUUUGAGAUUCAUAGUUAAUGCUGAAGGUUAAUUUGUUUGGGAGAGGUACAUGUGUCUCAUAUUCAAGUUCUCCCUUAGUUAUUUCACUGCAUGUAUAAAUGCAGUUUUGACCAAACUGCGGGAGGCAGUGGAAGACAGAAGUGCCUGGCGUGCUCUGGUCCAUGGGGUCACAAAGAGUCGGACACGACUAAACGACUAAACAACAACAACAACAUAAAUGCAGAAUAUGCAAGGAUGCUCAAAUCUCCUUUUUUGUCACGUCUUUUAAUAUUCUACUCCACUUUCUGUGGAAUAUUUUUGUCUUCUUGUCACUUGUGAAUCUUCCUCACAGUUUGUUUCUUUGUUUCUCCCAGGGAUGACCUUAGUAAGAUGACUUACACUACGAUGUGUAUUAAGGAAAGCCUCCGUGUUUAUCCUCCUGUUCCUCAGGUGUACCGAGAGCUCAACAAACCAGUCACAUUUCCUGAUGGAAAGACAUUGCCUGCAGGUCUGCCUCAUUAUGUUUGAUUACAUUUCACAGUAUUUUCAAUGACAGACAUGAAGGAUGGAAACUGAAAGAGUGGCACCGGUGUCCCGAUUGUUGGUUUUGUGACAAGUAUCUGGCAUGAUGGGGUGAUAGGGUUGACUUGCUCAGUUGUCUUGAAGGAUAUAAUUCUCUAUCUGACUUUGGAGUCAUGUGCCCCUAAAGGCUGUUGAGAGGCUUAGAAGUUGUACUACAAAAGUUCUUUGUGUUAGGACACUGGAACUAACGAGGCAAGACACAAGGUUUGGGAUGUUACUAGGGCAACUUCAUUAAACUACAACAUUAAGAACUUCCAAGCUGAAUAGGAAAUAUCCAUGUGUGGGAAAUACACAUCCUCUGUCAGGCUCCUAAGUAUGCCAUAUCCAAAUUUUAAAGUAUGGCUGGCUAAGAUCCUUGCCUCACUGAAGACAAGUUUGAAUUAGACAAGCCAAUGCCAGGAUAAGGCAUCUUCAUAUCUUCCUCUGCAUAUAUAUUUACAUAUUAAACUAUGCACCACUUUGGAGGCAGUUUGUAAAACUGUCUGUGGUCAAGGAAUGACAAAAUAAAUAAAAAUGAAGUAUAAAGUCACCCUGAGGACUUCCAGAUUCAUCUAUCUGCUUCAUGAGUUCUGGCAAAACUCUUUGUCACCUCAGAGAAUGACCAUGUCUUAAUGAAAGCAGACUCAAAUCCUCACUAAGGCAUUGUAACCAACAUGCAAGUAACUCAGCAACAAAUACCACAAAAUGCAUUGGGAUGCCAUAACAGCUGCAUCUUAAGCAAUCCUUCCCUGGGGCCUUUCUGCAAUCCAGCAAUGCAGCACUGAAAACACAACUUUGUGGUGUGUUCCACCUUCCAUUUACUAAUCAGAUAUUUCUCUCCUUUCCCUCCAAUCCUUAACAGGUGCUUUGAUAUCCCUGAAUAUUUAUGCUCUUCACAAAAAUCCUGACGUGUGGGAGGAUCCUCAGGUAUUUAUGCUCUGGAGCAUUGUUUGGUCAAUGGUUUAGAGCAUGUUGAAUGCACAUUUAAAGUGUGUUUAUUGCACACUAAAAGCAGCUGACUCCUCCCCCAAGAAUAAUGAGAACUGUUGUUUCUGCCUCACAGAGCUUCCAUUUCCAGAACCCUUAAUAUACUAUAGCUCCCAGGAUUCAGCAUUAAAAAAAAAUCCCUAUACAGGAUUGCCUUCAGAUGGCUCGGGGGUCAGAAAACUCCAUACCCUUCAACAUUUCUCCAGUGAAAAUAGAGACAUCCUAAGGGAAAGUGGGACAUUCUGGGAUAAAAUCUGAAACUUCUCUGAAUCAGGGAUGUGCCUGGAAAAUAGGGACACUUGGCGGGUCUGCAUUGAUUGCCCUGUGUUGAUGUACAGACAAUAUCAAGCAGAUGCAGCAUGGAUGCAUAUUCAGAGCAAUAAACAUUCUGUGACUGAAAAUACAGGAAGGAAAAAUAAAUAACAAUAAAAUUUCUUAGCCAAAGUAACUCUGAAAAGAAGAAGAGUUUGGAUUUGAUAUCCCGUUUUAUCACUACCUGAAGGAGUCUCAAAGCGGCUAACAUUCUCCUUUCCCUUCCUCCCCCACGACAAACACUCUGUGAGGUGAGUGGGGCUGAGAGACUUCAGAGAAGUGUGACUAGCCCAAGGUCACCCAGCAGCUGCAUGUGGAGGAGCAGAGAUGCAAACCCGGUUCCCCAGAUUACGAGUCUACUGCUCUUAACCACUGGACCACACUGACUCUCUAGACCACAAAAGAAGAAUUCUGCAACCUUUAAUUUUUCUGCAAAUGAUACACAUUGUACUCUUGCUUAAUUUAACUUGCAUAAUGUACAUUGCUUCUGUUGGCCAUGGGGAACAUUUAUCUAGGGCACUGAAGACUCAUUUUCUCCCUGCCCACUGGAUGGAAACCUUCAGCCACAGCUUGGAGAUUUCACCAGACAUUGCCACAUACUUUUAAGCCUAUUUUGCACAGCCUUUUCAACAGAGCUGUGGGAUAGUAGAAAGUAGUAUGGAUGAGCUACUGGAAUAGAUGACAAUAACCCUGAGAGAAAAAGACAUUGCCGAAAAAGCAGGGGCGUUUGGGUAAUGAGGAAGGGCUAUAGCUCAGAGCACAAACUUGAGAUGCAGUACAUGCUGGGUUCAACCCCCGGCAACUUUCUACAUGUCUAUGCACAUCCAUGUUGCCAAACUGAAGGCUAGCCCACAUAUACAUGUACAUCACUUGAAUUCUGUCUUUGAUGUCUGGCAGUGGCAUCUGAAUGCAUCAAGUGACCUCAGUGAAAACCACUGUGCUUUACAAGAGUGAAAGCUCCUCUUGUGGUGUUGUGACUGUGAUGGUCUCUUCACUUGUGCAAUAUCACUUGAUACUGCAGUAAUCCAAUGAUCAGCAUGCAUGCAUGAAGCAGGUCCAAGUACAUCUCAUUGCUGAUGCAAGCUGCUGAUAACUACAGUCUUACUCUCUUUCAGGUGUUUGAUCCUCUAAGGUUUUCAUCCGAUAAUUCAUCUCAAAGACAUCCCUAUGCAUUUUUGCCGUUUGCUGCUGGACCCAGGUAAUACAACUAAUGAUGUAAAGUUGUUCACUGAAAAUAGACAGAAGCAAGAUGAAAGAUAGUCAGCCAAAGCAAAACUUGAUUUAUAUGAUCAAUGAGUGAAGUUCAUCCUCAGAAUUAUGGAUUGCUGCUUACCUGUGUCUGGUUCUCACUGAUACUGUGACAAGGAGAACAUAACAGCCCCCUUCCAUGGGACAGAAGGUUUGUUCUCUCUUUUUUUAGAAAUGAACAGAGUCAUCUUUCCAGAAAGAUUAGCUUUUCCCCCGAUAAAGGGGUCCCUGUGUAAGUGUUCUGUUUACUGAGGCUUUACGACCAAUCCACACUCUUUGGGUUGCCUCUGCCCCCAAGUCCAGGGUAAUCCAUGUGGGGGGUUUUCUAUGGGUUAAAUGCAUCCAUAGUGAAGCAGUUGUCUGAACACACCACAGAUCUUGCUCUUAAUUUAGCACACUAUUGCACUUAGUACAUGGAUUCAUGGAUCCUUAAGAAAUAGUUUUACUGUGGAUAUAUUCUGCCUGUGAUGACAACAAACACCCAAGAUUAAAAAUAAACUCAAAAUGUGGUUAGUAUGAAUGGAUUAUUGUAAGGACUUAGAUGGUCAUAACUGAGGAUCAGGAAUCCUGCACUACAAUCCAAAUUCUUCUUUAUUUAAGCCCUCUGUGGAAACGCCCCAUUGCUUCAGAACAGGUUUUGCCAAGCUGGCAAAACAGUUCCCAUCAGCACGAAUUUGCUGGCUGGAGCUGAGGUUCAAAGUGGCCGUAGGGCAGCCAUAGAUUAGGAAAGGCUUCUCUAGAGGUAUUUCCACCCCCACACCAAAAUAUCCCAUUUCCCAUGUACCAUCACUUCUUCAUUCAUUUCAUAUUCUAGUAACCCAUUAGUUCUGCAGCUGGAAUAAACAAGGACAGCUGAGGAGCUGGUUGCAAAUUGCAGAAACCACACAGGUUCAGGGUUUAUGGGUUUUCAGCACCUGCAUUCUUGUUUAGACACACGUACCAAAAUGUUUAGAAAGUUUGUAUGAGUUUUAAUUUGUUUGUGGGCUAUUCUGUUGCUAGCUUCCUGUAUGUUUUAAAUCAUGGUUGUAAAUUUUUAUUGUUUUAUCUUGUAUGUAAACCACUUUGAGAUUUAUUUCUACAAUCAAGCAGAACAGGUGACUCCCCAUACGUGAAGUACCAGGAGAUAAUUAAAUAAUCCAAUUCAUGCCUGGAAAUGGCAGGAGAGAGCUGUAGAGUCCUCCUAGUUCAUGAGGAGACCCUCAGCGAGGGCAGAGGAAGCCUCAAUAAAGGCCAGAGGUGCAGCAAGGCUUUGUUUGUGCUGUCCAGCCUCUCCGUCUAACAGCUGAUGUAGCUGCUGCUUUCUUGUGUGUCCUUCAGCCUCCUGCCAGCCCCAGGAUAUUUUUGGAUACCGUAUUUUUGGUAUGGAUUGAAGAGAGAGUGACAGAAAAGGCGUUUGUGGGGGGCUCUGUGCCUUAUGCACGCGGGGGCCCCCCAUGUAAGUGUGGCAAUGCUUAUAUAUGAUUCAUAUGACAUGAAAUACUAAAUAAAAAUUAUUAUGAGCCUGUUCAAGUUUCAGCUUGAAUGUUUUUUCUUCCUCAGGAAUUGCAUUGGGCAACAGUUUGCUAUGAUGGAGUUGAAACUGGUGGUUGCUCUGACUUUGCUGCGCUUCCAAGUUGCACCAGAUCCUGCUAAUCCUCCCCUUGAGAAACCUCAGCUCAUAAUGCGCUCUUGGAAUGGGAUUCACUUAUAUUUAAAAAAGCUUGCAUAGAUUCUCUGUCAACCACAGAACAUGACUCUUGUAAAUAAUAAAACUUGUGGAGCUGCUAAGAUGUGUUAUCUUUAUCGCUAUUUGGUAGAUCAGGAGAAAUAUAUUACAGUUAAACCUCUGCUCCCGAACGGCUCCAUUUUCAAAUGUUUCGGCUCCUGAACACCAAAAACCUGGAAGUAAAUGCUCCGGCUUUCUAUGCCACAACAGCAGCAAGAAUACUUAUUGCAAAGUAUUGGAAGACACAAGAUCUACCCACUCUGGAAGAAUGGCAGAUGAAGGUGAUGGACUACAUGGAAUUGGCGGAAAUGACUGGCAGAAUCCGAGACCAGGGGGAAGAGUCGGUGGAAGAAGAUUGGAAGAAAUUUAAAGACUAUUUACAGAAAUAUUGUAAAAUUAAUGAAUGAUAGAAUGAUGUUGGAUUGAAGUUAAGUGGUUUCUAGCUGUACUGGUAUAAAAGAAUAUGGAAAAAUUGGUAUCUAGUAUGUAAAAAUUUAAUGUUAUAAUAUAUCAAGAUUAAAGAUUAGGAUUAAAAAGGAGGGAAAGGAAUUGCUGGAUUAACAAAUUGAAUUGGAAUACAAAAGAGGGAGGCAUGAGGAGGUCCGGGAAACAAGUAAAUGUAAAAGAAGUGAUGAAAAGAUGGAAUUGUUCUUAACUGUUUUUUUCUUCUUUGUAUUUUGUAUUUUUCUUUUUUAUUGUUAAUUUUCUCAUUAAUGUGAUUUUUCUUUUUUUUGAAAUUUUAAUAAAUAUUAUUU